AUGUCACACAACUCAGUUAACAAUGUUUCACCUUUUAGUUCCUCGCCCUGCGCAACAUCAGCACUUCGCAUCCAGCAGGCAGCAUCGAGACGGAGGAGGAGGUUCGCGAUGGCGUCAGGGUCAGAGGACGUAGGCCGGUCGAUGAUGCCGUUCCUGCAGCGCGCCGAUGAGCUGCAGAAGCACGACCCGCUCGUCGCCUACUACUGUCGGCUGUACGCGACGGACAAGGGGCUCAAGGUGCCGAGCAAGGAGAGAGGCAAGGAGACCAACGACCUGCUGCUCUCGCUGCUCGCCCGCCUCGAGAAGGACAAGGCGGAGCUACAGCUAUCGCCCGAGGACAGUCUGCACGUGGAGGGCUUUGCAGAGCGCGUCUUUGCCAAGGCGGACAAGCAGGACCGCGCCGGCCAUGCCGACAUCUCAACAGCUAAGACGUUCUACGCAGCGGGGCUGUUCUUCGAUGUCAUGCGCCAGUUCGGCGAGCUGCCUCCUGAGGUGGAGCAGAAGCAGCGGUACGCGGCGUGGAAGGCGGCGGACAUCCGCAGAGCAUUGGCAGAGGGGCGCCAGCCCACGCCCGGCCCACCCUCUGCCGAUGCUGCUGGUGCUGCCGCCCUGCUCUCCACACCGGCUGCUGCUGCUGCUGCUGCUGCUCCCUCCACGGCUCCGGGCAGUGCUAGUGGGGUUGGUCUUGCGGCACAGGGAGGCCAGCAGCAGCACGACAUUCUGGGUCUGCCCGGGCCGCCCUCUGUGCACCCUCUGCGCCCCGACCACAGCGGAGCAGCGCCAGGGGGGGGUGGGGCUACAGCAGCAGGGGGAGGGGGUGCCGGGGGGGGAUGGGCACAGGGCGGCGCACAGCAGGGGCCAGGGGUGGGGCGACCCCAUGGGGGCGGUGCUGGUGAGCUCUCUGCUCCUCCUAACCUCCCUUCCAUGCCGCACGCUCUCACAACUCUCACAGGAGUUUACCCACUCUCCCCAGUCUGUUGCAUACAUCCAGACGUCUGCCAAGCCGUCCAAUCCACUGCACUUAUUGCGGAAGGUCCCUUUUCCAGAUCAUCAGCAGGCCCCGCAAACGAAUUACGCAGUUUUCGCGCGUCGAUGGAAGCCACGCGAUUGGACGCGAUCCUCGUCGUCCUCCUGCUCGCCGUCGCGCUAUCCUUCACCAGCAUUCCCCUCCGCACGUGGGCCGCCAAACCGCCAGACCCAGCAGCAGUGGCGGCGCCGGUAGAGGCGGCGGCGGCGGCGACGCGGCUGAACUACAGCGAGGCGCUGGAAAAAUGCAUUUUCUUCUUCCAGCUGCAGCGGUCCGGUAGACUGCCGCGCUCGCAGCUACCCACGUGGCGCGGCGACUCGGGACUCACGGAUGGCAAGGCGGAAGGGGUGGACCUGACGCGCGGGUACUACGACUCGGGCGACAACGUCAAGUUCGGCUUCCCGCUCGCCUUCACCGUCACCGCGCUCGCGUGGAGCGUCGUCGAGUAUGGCCCGCAGCUCACGGCGCUCGGGCAGAUCAAGGCGGCGCGCGACGCCGUGCGGUGGGGCGCGCACUUCUUCGUGCACGCGCACCCCAAACCCAACGUGCUCUACGCGCAGGUGGGCGAUGGGCAGUCGGACCACAGCUGCUGGCAGCGCCCCGAGGACAUGACCACGCCGCGCACCGCAUACCGCCUCGACCCCCAGCACCCCGGCACCGAGCCCGCUGCUGAGGCGGCGGCAGCACUGGCGGCGUCGAGCAUGGUGUUUGGCAAGACAGACGCUAACUACUCCAAGUCGCUGCUCACCCACGCCCGCCAGCUGUUCAACUUUGCUCGCAAGUACCCGAAGAAGUACACGGACAGCAUCCCCUCUGCCUCCGCCUUCUACAACUCCUACUCCGGCUUUAAUGACGAGCUGCUGUGGGCGGCGGUGUGGCUGUACCGCGCCACAAGGGAGAGCCGGUAUCUGGACUACAUCGUGACCAACGAGAACCAGCUGGGCGGCACGCAGUCGUCAGUGCAGAACUUCUCGUGGGACAACAAGUAUGCCGGCGCUCAAGUGCUGCUAGCUAAGUCACGCUAUCUUCCUCCAAUAACCCCUGUGAACCCCCUUCCAUAUCCCCGCCGCCUCCCCUCCCACCACCAGGAGUACCUACUGCGCCAGGACCCCUCACUGGAGCUGUAUCUGAAGCGCGCCAAGGACUUUGUGUGCGGCACCGUGGUGCGCGGCAUCAGAUCACCCGAGCAGGUGGACUACAUACUGGCCGUGAACCCCAAGAAGCUGAGCUACAUGGUGGGGUUCUCCUCCUCGUUCCCACAGCGCGUGCACCACCGCGGGGCAUCGCUGCCGUCCAUCUGGGUGAACAACACGCCCAUGGGCUGCAACGACGGCUGGCCCGCCUUCCACUCCAAGGCCAAAAACGUGAAUGUGCUGACGGGGGCGGUGAUAGGCGGUCCGGACGGCAGCGAUGCAUUCCGGGACGAGAGGGACAACUACCAGCAGGUCGAACCCUCCACCUCCAUCAACGCCCCCUUCGUUGGUGUCCUUGCUCGUGUGGCUGGAGGGGCCCCUAAACCCUCUCCUCCACCUGCCUCCCCGAAGGGCCCCCCUCCUCCACUCAAGGCACCGCCCCGCCGGCAAGCGCAAGAGCCCCCUCCCCUCUCAGCUCACCACUUCUUCCGUUCCCCUCCCCACAACUUCCCGCGCCCGCCUUUGCUUCCCGCCAUUAUUCUGUGGCCCCUCUCCUCUCUCUCGCCCGCUCAACGCCCGCCCGCUCAACGGUGGCCCGCGUGGCAGAUGGUGGUGAAUCCACUCAAGGACACGGAGCUUAUCAUCUUUGGUGGGGAGUUCUACAACGGGGAUAAGGUGCGCCCUGGGGUCAACGGGGAUAAGGUGCGCCCUGGGGUCAACAGGGAUAAGGUGCGCCCUGGGGUCAACGGGGAUAAGGUGCGCCCUGGGGUCAACAGGGAUAAGGUGCGCCCUGGGGUCAACGGGGAUAAGAUUGUCAAUGCUCCCAGCCUUGCCUACUCACCUCUCCCCAUCCCCCUCUCCCCAUCCCCCUCUCCCCAUCCCCCUCUCCCCAUCCCCCUCUCCCCAUCCCCCUCUCCCCAUCCCCCUCUCCCCAUCCCCCUCUCCCCAUCCCCCUCUCCCCAUCCCCCUCUCCCCAUCCCCCUCUCCCCAUCCCCCUCUCCCCAUCCCCCUCUCCCCAUCCCCCUCUCCCCAUCCCCCUCUCCCCAUCCCCCUCUCCCCAUCCCCCUCUCCCCAUCCCCCUCUCCCCAUCCCCCUCUCCCCAUCCCCCUCUCCCCAUCCCCCUCUCCCCAUCCCCCUCUCCCCAUCCCCCUCUCCCCAUCCCCCUCUCCCCAUCCCCCUCUCCCCAUCCCCCUCCCCCAUCCCCCUCUCCCCAUCCCCCUCUCCCCAUCCCCCUCUCCCCAUCCCCCUCUCCCCAUCCCCCUCUCCCCAUCCCCCUCUCCCCAUCCCCCUCUCCCCAUCCCCCUCUCCCCAUCCCCCCCUCCCCAUCCCCCUCUCCCCAUCCCCCUCUCCCCAUCCCCCUCUCCCCCUCUCCCCAUCCCCCUCUCCCCAUCCCCCUUUCCCCAUCCCCCUCUCCCCAUCCCCCUCUCCCCAUCCCCCUCUCCCCAUCCCCCUCUCCCCAUCCCCCCCUCCCUCCGCCCCCACCAGACGUACGUGUACGGCGAUCUGUACCGCUUCAACGCGGACAAGGCCACGUGGCGCCUCGUCAGCAGCCCCAACAGCCCGCCGCCUCGCAGCGGCCACCACGCCGUCGCCUGGAAGAACUUCCUCUUCCUCUUCGGUGGCGAAUUCACGUCGCCCAAUCAGGAGAGGUUCCACCACUUCAAGGACCUGUGGCGGUUGGAUCUGAACAGGAACGAGUGGGAGCAGCUGAACCUCAAGGGCGCCCCCUCGCCCCGCUCCGGCCACCGCAUGGUGCUGUACAAGCAGAAGAUACUGCUGUUUGGAGGAUUCUAUGACAACCUCCGGGACGUGCGCUAUUUCAACGACCUGCAUGUGUUGGACCUCAACGACAUGAAGUGGGCGGAGGUGAAGCCGAAGCCGGGGGCAGCGUGGCCGUCUCCCCGCAGUGCUUUCCAGUUUGCCGCCCACCAGGACGAGGUGUUCCUGUACGGGGGCUACUUCAAGGACCACGCCAGGGACGCGGAUGGCAAGGACAAGGGCGUUGUGCUCUCCGACCUCUGGCUGCUCGACCCGCGCUCCUUCGAGUGGAACAAGGUGAAGCGGCUGGGGUCGCCACCGAGUGCGAGGGCGGGGUUCUCUCUGGCGGUGCACCGCACCCGUGCCAUCCUCUUUGGGGGCGUCAUCGACCGCGAGGAGAAAGGGGGCGAUGUGCUGCGCAGCACGUUCCUGGACGACCUGUUUGCCUUCCAGAUGGACUCGCGCCGCUGGUUCCCCCUCCUCCUGCGCUCGCAGCAACAGGCCCGGGCAGCUGCCAGGAAGGCAGAGGUGAUUGGUGGCACUGCAGCAGAGGGGAGUGCAGCAGAAGGGAGUGCAGCACUGGGCGUGGAGGGAUGGACAGGCAUCAGGAAUUGCGAGAUGGGUGAGGCGGGAGGGGUGGAUGCAAGCAGGCAGGGGGCGGCCGAGGCAGACGGGAGGGGCAGUGAGGGCGGGGAAUUAGCAGCAGAGUGGCCAGGGGAAGGGAGUGCCGGUGAGGUGGAGGGCGGCUUGCAGAGUCUGAGCCUUGAGCAUGGCAGCGAGGUGGGCGGUGUGGGCGAUGAGGGCAGGCAGGGGGGUGCUGAGGGUACCCAAGGGAAAGAGGCAGAUGAGGCAGGGGGGGAUGAGACAGCGGGCGGUGGCGAGGCAGCCGGGGAAGGGAAGGAGAGGAAGGAGGGGGAGGGGGAGGAGGGCGGGAAGGCGGAGAGGGGAGAGGGGCCGUGCAGCCGCAUGAAUGCGGGGUUGGCGGUGGGCGGCAACACGCUGUACCUGUGGGGCGGCGCCAAGGAGGUGGGCGACCGCGAGGUGACUCUGGACGACCUCUUCUGCCUCAACCUCUCCAAGCUCGACCACUGGACCUGCCUCCACAAGGCGAGUGCCAGCAGCACCCAAAGCUGUGAGGGCAGUGUUCCGCUCAUUUCCCUGAAGUUGGUGUUGCCUGCCGCAAUACUUGUGCUGCUUUCACUGCUACCUGUGUUGCGACAAGGCUGUGAGGGCAAUGGGAAUUGCACAGGUCGUGAUCAUGAGCAUGCGGCCUUGUUCAACCUUCAUGUGGCCUUGUUCAACCUUCAUGCGGCCUUGUUCAACCUUCAUGCGGCCUUGUUCAACCUUCAUGCGGCCUUGUUCAACCUUCAUGCGGCCUUGUUCAACCUUCAUGCGGCCUUGUUCAACCUUCAUGCGGCCUUGUUCAACCUUCAUGUGUGCAUGUUCAUGUUUCUAUGUUCGCAUGCACCGCCAACACAGCGUCUCUCAACACAGCAUGCGCCACGCUCCCCACCAUCCAACCGCCAGGGCACGGGCGGCGCCGCCACAGCAUCGGAGCUGGCAGCGGCGCUCCUCAGGGGCGAGGCUCCUGCGGGCGGCAAGCGCCAGCUGUCGCGCAAGGAGAGGCGGGCGGAGAUUGACCGGAUUCGGGCUGAUCUGGGGCUGGCGGACACGGCGAGGACGCCCAUUCCUGGCGAGUCGUUGAGGGACUUCUUUGCGCGCACGGGCGAGCACUGGCAGCGCGAGGCAUACCAACACACCCAGCGCACCGGCAAGGAGCUGCGCAAGGAUGGCUUUGAGCUCUGUGAGGCGCGCUACCGCGACCUGCUGCCCGUCCUCACUGAGGUCUGUCCCUGGGCCCUCCUCCCGUGUCAUAGUUGA